AUGGAGACUAGCGAGGAAGCGGGAGGCUCGCGUCUCACGAGGUCGCCGGAGGACGCAAGAGAAGACAAAUAUAAUUUUCAGUUCUGGGUUCUUCUAAGGAGCUCUGGUUCUUCCUUUCUUCCGGGGGAUCUGGGUUCACAAGAGCCUAGAUCCACUAUCAUCUUGUCUUCGUCGUUGCCAAUUGCCAUCAGCGUCAAAUUCGUCUACCUCCAAAGAUUCGUCUACUUCCAGCCGGCGAAAGGGUUCUUCGAGGCAUGCGGCAAGCUUCGGCGAGAGAAGGAAUCGAUUUGGGUUUUGGUUUGGGGUUCUUGGAGGCUUGCAAAUCAACAUGCAAUAGCGACAAUGGAGCUGUGCGAGUCGACCGGUGACGAUAGGUUUAGCGACGUUCCGACCAACGUGAUAACAGAGCACAUUCUGACGCUGCUACCCAUUAAAGACGCAGCGAGAACCAGCAUCCUGUCAAGAAACUGGAGGCACCAUUGGAGAAGCAUUCCUCAACUCGUCUUCGAUCGUAACUUCGCUCCGCCUCAUUAUUUACCGGACGAUAGCGAAAAGGUAGCGGCGAACAUUCACCGAGCCGUGCUGCUUCAUGACGGCUCAAUCACCAAGUUCGAGCUCGAUAUCCCUGGAUUAAUGGGUGGCUGUCCGAAAAUCGACGACGAGUUGAUUCCUUGCCUUCCAAGCAAAAUUGUCCGGGAGGUUGCCCUUCUGUUUUCUGUCCAUCAGGCCAAGGCCAAUCUCGAUUCCUCCUCCCUGUUUACUUCCUGCCAUCACCUGACUGUUCUGAAACUGAAGAAUUGCAGUUUCAGUACUGCACCGUCUUGUUUCGUGGGACUUCGUAAGCUUGCCGUUCUCGAACUCGAGGAUGUCGUCAUGCCUAAAUAUUUCCUUCGGAAUCUGCUGCUGGAGUGCACCUUGCUCGAGGAGUUGAGGGUUGUAAACUGCAGCAAGCAGAAGCUUGUGCUUCUAACGCCGUCUCUCAAAUUGGUUGUCUUUCGCUCGCUCGCUUCGGAAUUUCGCCUCAAUCCUGCCCCGCUGCUCUCGGUGCUAUCACUUCCAGAUGGUUGCGAUUACGAAUAUGAAAACACAUCUUUGCUUGCUCUGUUUGCUUCUCUCUCUGCGCUCAAGCAGCUGACUUUUGGGCUCAAUUCGCUGCUAUUCCCGGCUGAGAGUAAUGACCCCUAUAAGGUUCCUACAACUCUUUGCGUACUGAAAGUCGUCGAACUAUCUCGCCUUAGUUUGGAGAGCUUGUCACAUGCUCGGUUUCUUCUGCGUCUGAUCACGAGUUCCCCCAACUUGCAAAAGCUCACCAUUCGGGUUGGUUUUUACUUGUUAACUUCUCUUUUGUAUCACACAUGGAUAGUUGCUAAUAAUGCGCAUCAUCCACCUUCAGAUGAUAUUGAUAGCCUACAGAUGCUGUUAGGAGCUGAGGAGGAACAAUCUGGACUUGGUUGCCUUCAACAUCUUGAAGAGGUUCACAUUCAGGAUAGCCUCGCAACACAAGUCGAGCUGGAUCUUGUGAGAUUUGUUCUGGUCACUGCCCCACGACUUCGUACGAUAUUUAUUAAGCGUGCGUUAGAAUUAUCGAUUGACAAAGUCGUGAGAUUCUUAAAUGAACUAAGGUGGUAUAAGUAUAUUUCCAAAGAAGUUGUGGUCGAAUAUGUAUAG